CUUGUCAAGCAACCCCGGAGCUACUUCCCUUCCGAGUCUGCAUCAUGUCCGUCGCCAAAAAGGCCUCCCAUCUGUCUUCGACGUCCAUGCACACGACAUUUCCUACAAAAACGGUCGUCGUUCUGGGCGGUUCCUACGGAGGCUCAAGAGCUGUUCAAGUUCUUGCAAAGGGUAUGCCACAGGGUUGGAGAGUUGUUUUGGUAGAUAGAAAUUCACAUAUGAAUCACGUUUACAACUUCCCUAGAUAUGCUGUUCUAGCCGGUCACGAACAUAAAGCAUUUAUUCCAUACAAUAACUUCCCUACUAGUUCUCUGUCCGACAUUCCUUCAUGUUCAUCUCAUGUUCGGGUGCAAGCAACUAUCACCUCCAUAGACAACCAUCGCAUCACCCUCUCUCCGAAUCUGCCAGGAUCACAACAAUCAGACUUGGACUUAGACUUUGACUAUGCCAUUUAUGCUCUCGGCUCCCACUUGCCCCAGCCCAUAGACCUUUGGAGUCACCAAAAAGAAGGCAUAGUGAAGUCGAGUUUGGAACCACCAGAAAUACCAACCUACGGAGGAACGAAGUUGGAGGGUAUCUCAUCCCUCCAAGAACGCCAGAAACGCGUGGCGGCUGCCAGGUUCGUGUUGGUGGUAGGUGGCGGUGCGCUUGGUAUUCAGUUUGCUUCCGACAUCGCUGCGGUAUACCCACAAAAGCACGUCACGCUUCUGCAUUCCCGUCGUCGUUUAUUGCCAAAAUUUGACGACGCGAUGCAUGAAGAGGCCCUUCAAGGUUUGCAGGAGCUGAACGUUAGGGUUAUUCUUGGAGAGCGACUUGAUUUCGAGUCUCUCCAAUGCACAUCCGCUACGCAGGGAUCUUCCGAACCACGCGUAGUACGGACUCUAUCAGGGCAGGAGAUAUCUGCUGACCUACUGCUCCUAUGCACUGGUCAAACACCGAACACGGGGCUCCUUCGCGACAUGGACCCUCGUGCUGUAUCACCAGACACUGGACUGGCACGUGUUCUGCGCACUAUGCAACUUUGCGUCCCACCACCUUCUGAGUCUCACAAGCUUCAGGCAGAUGAUGUCCUACAUUAUCUAGAGAAGUUGACUCUUGAUGCAGAAGAAGGGUCAGAGUCGUCGUCGCCAUCGUCGCCAACUAGCACACAUGCCGACAUACCUUCGACGUCGCCCCUCUCAUCCACGGAUACCCUGGUGGAGUCCCACCUAUGCCAAAAGACUUUGUACUCCAACAUCUUUGUCGUGGGCGAUGCAGCAGACGCGUUCGACGCGAUCAAAGCUGGACAUACAUCAUAUUAUCAAGCGGAGGUUGCCGCCCGGAAUAUCCUACGCCUCAUCUCUCAAGAUGAGAAAGUUGGGAUUGCGGCCGGGGACGACCUAAGUUCGGAGCUCGAGGAGUAUGCGCCUGGGCCCCCGGCCAUAAAAGUGACCCUUGGUAUGACGAAGUCAGUAUAUGAGGUGGACGGGGUUGUGGGCACGAAAACUGAUGGUGUGGAAGAUUUGAAUGUUGCUAUUAUGUGGGCGGCGCGUGGAAUGCGCAAUGUGAGCGAGGAGGAAAUGUUUGAAUAACUGAUGUUUCGGUUUGUGGGCGGGAAAGCGCUUCGUGCAUUCGUCCCAUUCCGUAUAGUAUUUGUUCGUACCGACUGCAUGCAGUAAAAUAUGUUUGCUAUUGUUUUUCGAUGGGUGGCAGUGGCAAGUUGAAAACAAUGAGAC